AUGUCGGACGAUCUUAAGGCGCAUGCCGCCUCAGACCAAGACUUUUACGCCCUCCUCGAUGUCUCUCCAGCAGCAACCUUAUCUGAGAUCAAGCGACAAUAUCGUCGAACAGCCCUUAAAUACCACCCCGACAAAAUCUCCAACCCAACCCCGGCAGACAUAGAAAAAUUCCAUACUCUCCAAAUCGCUCACGAUGUCCUCACAGACGCCGACGUAAAACAGCUCUACGACAAUGCGCGCGACGCCCGGUUGCGCAAGCAGCGCGAGCGUGACAUGCUAGACUCCGCUCGUCGGUCAAUGGUCGAAGAUCUCGAGAAGCGCGAACGAGCAGGCGCCGCCGCCCAGCGCGGUGUUAAGCGGUCAUGGAUGGAGGAGAAUGAUGCGGAGGCGAAGCUCGCGGCGGAGAUUGAACGAAUUGCGCAAGAUGGAAGACGGAGGCGGAAGGAGGCACAGGAGAAAUUGCAGCGUGAGCUGGAUGAGGAGCAGAAGGUUAUUGAGCGGGAGCAGGAGGAGGCGAGGAAGGCAGCCGAUCGGAGUAGUCAGCGGGUGGAUCGAUCGCAGGAAACGAAUGUUCCGGAGCUGGAAAGAUCUGUUAAGGUGCGCUGGGUGCGGGAGGGACGGGGGGUGGAGUUGGAUUUGGAGAGGUUGAAAGGACUUUUUGCGUCGUUUGGGACGAUCGAGGCUGUUGUUAUACUCAAGGAUAAGAGAAAGCGGGUGCAGGGGUCGAAAGGGAAGGUCACGUUGGCUACUGGCAUGAUUGUUUUUGCGUCUAUCGUUAGUGCCCAUGCGGCGGUGCUCGAUGGCGAGAAGAAGAUCCGUCAGGCUGGUCCUGCGGAUGGGGACUGGGCUGUUCUUGAUUCGGUGGGUUGGGCAUCGGGUGAUGGGCCAGAUCUGGGUGCUGGCUCGGCAUCAUUCAAGGAUCAGGAAUCUGCCUCAUCGACCGCCGCUGUCGAUAUCAACAAAACAGCUGCGGCUCCGGCCUUCAACUUCCCUGGCUUGAACUCAGCAUCCAAUUCAGGAAAGGCGCCCUCGUUUGGGUCAUUUGGAUCUGCUGCUGCUUCUAUGAAACCCAAAGCGUCUUCAUUCAAUGCAUCUGCGAGGCCUGCUGGCAUGCCUACUUUUCAAGAUGAGGUUCUGAUGAAGAUGAAGGCUGCGCAGCGUGAGAAGGAACGCAAAGUUCUAGAAGAGGAACUUGCACGAGAAGAUGAAGCGGCAGAUGCUGCUGAGGCUUCCAAGGCCAACGGAGUUUGA